CGAUUUACUUUUUCAAAGCCAGUCAGAUGUUUCUGCGGACACACAUCUACGCAGAUGCACAAUAAUCGUGUGUGAGCGACGAACGGUAUUGUGUAUCAGACUUUAUGAUUAGUCGGAAUCUGUGUCUUGCGCAAUUUGUUAUACUCGGCAGAGAAUUAAUUUAGUAAUUGCAAUUCUUCUUAUUAUUCACCUCUCGCGAAUAAAUUCAGCUUAAAAUUUACGUGUACGAAACAAAUACAUUACUUCUGAAUAGAGAUGGCGUUCAAUAUCACUAACCGUGAUUUUUCACGGUGAUCACAAAAUCACGAUCACGAGUCGUGAUUAUACUGUCACGACCGUAAUUGCGAAUAAUUAAUUUACUAAUCUAUUCAUCACUUUUCUCUACCUUAUCAUCUAUUAUUUUAAAUGCGCGCAGUUCACGUGAAGCGCACGCUGCGCGAGUAGCAGAUUCUCUCUACACCAAUUAGAAGCGAUCACGAAAAUCACGAAUCACUGUGAAAAAUCACCGUGAUUGGGAACAAACGUGAUCGAAUCACGAGUGACUCGAAGUAGCAGUUCUAGUCAUCACUAGUGCGAAGAGCAUGACGAAGACGCAAGAGGGGAAUAGUGGUGGGGAACGCGAAAAGAGGGGAAGUCUCUAUGAGGCAUUUUUCACAGCAGUGCUUCAGCCGUUCAGCCUUGUAUACUAAUAGCAAGGAUCCAUAUACUAUUAUUGAGUUUAAAAUACAUUAGUAAACGCUCCAAUUUUUCUAUACAACUUUCUACUUACUUGACUGUUUGCAGAUACCAAGAUGUCUGUUCCAUUGAAACCAGAACUCCUUACACAGUUGAAAACGUUCAUUGAUAUGUGCCUAGUCAAUCCUUCGGUAUUACAUCAACCAGAGUUCUCGUUCAUAAAAGCAUUUGUUGAACAUUUUGGAGGAAAUAUACCAAAAGAAGAUGAGUCAACACGUGAAAAACCAAAGGAAACGGCAUCUGAGAAACCAGAACCAGAACCAGAGCCAGAAAGCGAAGAAAGUGAUCUUGAACUCGAUAUGACUGGAGUAGUCGAGCCAGAUACAGAUGUAAAUCAGAAAAUGGGCAAUCCCACUUUGCAACCGACAGAAGAGGAAAUAGCCGAGUCUCAAGCUAAGCGGGCAGAGGCAGUAUCGGCAUUUGUAGAGAAAGAUUACGAGAAAGCUAUAGAAUUAUAUACAGAAGCAAUUUUGUUAAAUCCACAAGCAUCACUGCUCUAUGCAAAGCGUGGCCAAGUGUUUCUGUUAAUGAAUAAGCCUAACGCUUGCAUUCGUGAUUGCGAUCGAGCCUUGGAAUUGAAUCCGGACAGCGCAGCAGCACACAAAUUUAGGGGACGGGCCUAUCAUUUGCUUGGCAACUUCGAAGCGGCAGCCAACAAUUUGAGGCUCGCUUGUAAAUUCGACUUCGACGAGCAGGCUGACGAGUGGCUACGAGAAGUUACACCGAACGCUCGGAAGAUCGAGGAACAUAAGAGAAAGAAGGAACGUAAGGUUCAAGAGAAAUUGGAGCGCGAUAGACAAGAGAGACUGAGAAAAGCUCGGGAAAGUGCAAAGGCUUACGAAGAGAAUACCCGCACUUCGCAAACCGAUGCUAGCGGCGAUUCCACUGGAAUGUAUAAUGUCUACAAAUUCCUUAACGAUCCAGACGUACUUCAAGCCUUCCAGGACCCGGAAGUGGCCGAAGCGUUCAAAGAAAUCUCCACGAACCCAGCGAAUAUUAUGAAGUACCAAAGCAACCCGAAGAUUAUGGCGUUUAUUAAUAAAAUGGCAUCAAAGUUCGGAGGCGUUGGUGGAAUGCCUGGUGGUUUCCCCGGUAUGAUGGGUGGCAUGCCCGGCUUCCCGGGUGCCGCUAAACCGGAACCUCCGAAACCGAACUCGCAGGACGACGUUGGUCUCGAUUAAAUCUGAAAUUGAAAUCGUUCGCGGAAUUCCUUCUCGGUUCAUUCUCGUACAUCUCCGGAUAAUUGAUCUAACACUAUCGUUAACUGAAACUACAUGAUGUCUUACGGAAGAGAAAAAGAUGUUACAAUAACGGAACAACUCGUGCUGAAACGUAGAAAGAAAUUAUUUUCGUUAUCAUAUAAAUGAUAUUUUGAUGA